GUGUUCCGCGCCUGUGUCACACCAAAUUACCCACCUACCAAGGUUGCAGGUGUUCGAUUGCUUGUUCAAUUCACCUGCCUGUGGUUGGAUCAUCGGCUUCACCGGAGUCAUCAAUACACCUGCAUCUUACCUAGCCAUAGUUACUGCCCAGACAAGUGAAGCUGCGGUUCAUUGGUGGUGAAUUGCCAGCCAGCCAGCCAUGCCUGCCUCAAUAUUGGCCCAUCUUCGUUCCUUUUUCGUACCUGCCUCGUCACCACCUCCGCCGCCGCCGCAACAACAACAACAGCCACAGUCAGCCGGACAACCAGCAUGGAGCUUUCAUCAAUACCUUUUCGGCCUCUUUGGUCUUAACAAUUUGUUUCGACACGCAAAACUUCGGCUUCAAUACUUCUUUCAUCGCCUCUACAUCGCCGCCAUGGGUUUCCGUCGUGAUUCCGCUAUUGGACACGAUGCUGCCGCCGACUCGCAACGUCACAUGGUUCACCUGAAGACCAAGGAGGAAUGCCGACUUGGCAAUGAGACAAUUCAAGUCUGGACCGUCGAGCUGCCUAGCAAGUACGCCGAAGGAAUUCUACGUGUCGUCAAAGAAGCCAUCCCUUCACAGGAUGCUAUCGACUUGCAACAUCUACGGCGCUUCGCCAAGCCAAAAUUUUUACCAAAACAUGUCGUCACUGCGCCCAAUGUUCUGAAACCCCCUUCUGCGGUUCCACAAGCUUGGAGCUCAAAGCUCACUUCAGUCACCCAAGCACCUUCCAGCUCCACAUGGGAGUGGUCAAGUACGAAUCGACCUCGUAGCAACUCUCGGCCACAAACUCUGCACCUCCUGAUAUGCCCUUUGCGUUACGUUGACGCCAAGGAUUUGGAAUCCCUGCUUCUACAACAUCCGCCAUUUUGCUCUUCGGCAGAGGCAUGGGAAUAUCCGCUUGAGAUCAAGGAGAUCACUGUCCCUUUACUGGCUCCAACCACCGUUGAAAAGGCAGCCCUCUGGUCAGAAUUGUAUUGGCCCACGUUCUAUCGCAAGACAAAUCCGUUUGGAGCCCACCCAAGUGCCAUCGCCAAGGCUGAAGAUGAGCUUCAAUGCCCGACAGGCGACAAUUUCAGCGUCGAUGAAGCCCUUGAGCUAGCCGAACAGGUCGGAGAAGAAGCCCGCAAACAAGACCUGGGCGUCGGUUCAGGUUGCGUGGUUAUGGAACGAGUCGAUGGACAGGCUCAGGUUGUGGCUGUGGCGGGUGAUGCGAGGUUCAAGCCCCUGGCAAAUGCCGAUGCCAUACAGCCUGAGAUUGGGCCUUGCCAGGGCAACAUCAUGGGCCAUGUUGUUAUGCGAGUGGUCGGCAUGGUUGGGCGGAAACGACUUCGUUGCGCUUCUCAGACACUGACCAAAGCAGCUGCCAAAGCCGAGAGUAAUUUUACCAAAGGAGGCCUCGAGCAUGACGUUGCUGCUCGCGAUGCAUUCUUCCUGGAUACGCCCGUACUACCAAUCGAGCAGGAAUACUUUGCGAAGGACAACCUCAAGCCGGAUGGGUAUUUGUCACUCAAGCUCGAAGUCUUCCUCACUCACGAACCAUGCAUGAUGUGCUGUAUGGCAUUGGUCCACAGUCGAGUUGGACGAGUUAUCUUCAAGCAUCGAAUGCCCAAGACGGGAGGAUUAACUGCCGAGGUGUUUAGCAACGACAGCGGACCGGUUGGCCUUGGUUACGGACUUUGCUGGCGCAAGGAACUCAAUUGGCAGUUCAUGUGCUGGGAAUACAUCACAAAGAACCAGGAGGGAACCGUUGCCAGGACGCCUGCUGUUAGGCGAGGCAGCCGCAGAGGUUCUUCCGAGAAGUACACCAUUGCAGAAGACAUCCAAGCUACCAGUGGUGCUAACGUUACUGUGAGUAGCUUUGCGAGCAUCCAUGUGUAGCACACAAGGCUUGCACAUAUGAGCUGGCAGAGUAUCGAUUAUGAGAUUAUGAUUUCCACGACGAUUACGGCGGAAAAGUGUAUGCCAGUGCUGCCGACGACAUCAGGCGCGGAUAUGAAUGUACAGAUUAAGUGGACAGCAUCUUUGGCCGUUCAGUCACGACGGAGGGCUGCCUCAUGUACAAAUAUGGCGCAAAAUGUGCAUCCUAAUCUCGACAUGUAUCAUAUUGUGGAAUUCACGAAAAGCAAACCCAUAUUUGUGAUCUCAAUGUUGGCGAAACUCCAUUCGUUUG